CUCCAACUCCAAUCCUCAAACAAACCUCUCUCGGAACUCGGAAGACCUUAAACUGUUAAACUCGCACGACAGGACUCGGAAGAACUCAGCAAACUCCGCAAAACAACUAAAAUGGCGUCCUCGCUCAAUGCUAACCUCCACCAACCUUCUCUCAGCUUCGGGACGAACCUUUACUCCGGAUUGAAGCUGCAAUCUCCAAGUGUUCAUGGAAUUGGGCGACCCAAUGUCACUGCAGAAUUCUUCGGCCGAGUCCAUAAGAGCCUCCAUUCCGGGUAAAGUUCGGAACUUUUUACAAUUCUGCUUGUUUUGGGGCUUGAUUAGAUUUGAGACUAUAUGCAUGAUUCGUAAAAGUUUGAAGCUUGAACAUUUAGGUUCUUGCUUUGUUUUGAGUUUUGAAUCAGUGGCAUCUCGUUUGAAGAAUGGUAUAUUGAACUGAAACUUCUUUUUGAGCACUAUUUACUUAUGAUGAAUGCUGGUGCUAUACUUUGCCUGCAGGAUUCGCAACUCUAAACCAAUUCGAGCAGUUAAAAUGAUGCCUAUAGGUGAACCAAGAGUACCCUAUAGGACACCAGGGGAGGGAACUUGGCAAUGGGUUGAUUUGUGGAAUGCCCUCUAUAGAGAACGAGUCAUCUUCAUCGGGCAGGAAAUUGAUGAAGAAUUCAGCAACCAAAUACUGGGAACAAUGUUGUACCUUGAUAGCGUUGAUGAGUCCAGAAGGAUGUACUUUUACAUUAAUGGACCCGGUGGAGAUCUUACUCCCAGUUUAGCUAUCUAUGACACCAUGCAGAGCUUGAAGAGUCCUGUUGGUACCCACUGUGUUGGGUUUGCAUAUAAUCUGGCUGGUUUUCUUCUGGCAGCUGGUGAAAAGGGACAACGGUCUGCAAUGCCUCUUUCCAGAAUUGCAUUGCAGUCUCCAGCUGGGGCAGCUCGUGGUCAGGCGGAUGACAUUCGGAAUGAGGCAGAUGAGCUUCUUAGAGUCAAAGACUAUCUUUACAAGGAAUUGGCAAAGAAAACCGGACAACCUUUUGAGAAGAUUGACAAGGACUUGAGCAGAAUGAAACGCUUUGAUUCCCAGGAGGCCCUUGACUAUGGUCUCAUUGACAAGAUAAUUCGACCACCACGAGUUGAUGAGGACACACGUCCGAAGGAUGCAACAGCUGGUCUUGGUUAGUGCAGAAUAUUUAUGAUUCGUGUUUGGCUGUAGCUGUUGUCAUGACUACCGUAUGUUUAGCCAGCUCCCUUGUACCAUAGUUGUACCCUUGGGGAAAUCAGAUGCAGUUUACUUGUACAAUAAGUUAUCAGAUCCCCGAAGCAAGCUUUAUAAGUUUGAUUUUAGUUUAUUGGACAAUUUUUUGUUUGAGCAAGCAAGUAAUUGCAUGGCUGUUGAACUUAUGGUCAUAUUCAAUCAUUUGCUUUUGGUUCUUUUGGUAUCUUUUAACAUACCUUACACCAACCUAUGGCUGGAUUCAAAUUUGGGAG